AGAUUUUCAGGUCGAUUGAUGUGGGACAGCAGCCACAAUGAGGAACUCCUACAGAUUUCUGGCAUCCUGUCUCUCAGUUUUUGUUUUUCUCCUGCUAAUUCCUGGAGAUGUCUGUGAAAAAAUUACUGGAGGAAAGGAAGUCACUCCUCAUUCAAGACCCUACAUGGUCCUACUUCAGCUGAACAAAAACAACAUCUGUUGUGGGGCUUUGAUUGAAAAAGACUGGGUGUUGACUGCAGCUCACUGUAACUUGAGCAAAAGGUCCCAAGUCAUUCUUGGGGCUCACUCAAUAGCCAAGAAAGAGCCAGAAAAACAGAUAAUGUUUGUUAAGAAAGCAGUUUCCUAUCCAUGCUAUGAUUCAACCACACACAAAGGUGAUCUUCAACUAGUACAGCUGAUGAAAAAAGCAACAAUUAACAAAUAUGUGACUACCCUUCAUCUACCUAAAAAGGGGGAUGACGUGAAACCAGGAACCAUGUGCCAAGUUGCAGGGUGGGGGAAGAUUAACAGUAUGUCUUCUCGGUCCGAUACUCUGAGAGAAGUCAAUAUCACCAUCAUUGACAGAAAAAUCUGCAAUGAUCCAAAGCACUAUAAUUCUAAACCUGUAAUUGGAAAAAAUAUGGUUUGUGCCGGAAGCCACCGAGGUGGGAAAGACACGUGCCGUGGAGAUUCUGGGAGCCCUUUGCUGUGCGGGGGUGUUUUCCGAGGUGUCACUUCCUUUGGCCCUACGAAAUGCGGAGACCCUCGAAGGCCUGGUGUCUAUAUCCUUCUCUCACAGAAAUAUCUCAACUGGAUAACUAGGACUGUCAAGGGGGCAGUUUAAAUGACUGUUUCAUUUCACUUACUGUGGCUUCUUAAUCUUUUCACAAAUAAAAUCAAUUUGCAUGACCGUA